UGCUCACGUUUAAUCACUUUAUGUGUUGCUCUGUGAUUUUAAUUUUAUUCAAGUUUUCCAGGAGAUCUCAAAACAAGGUUGAACAUGGCGGCAGCAGCAGCGGCUGUUAACAGACCUCCACCAGCUCAUCCAGCACCAAAUGGAGGGAACCUUCACACUCACACACACGGCAGUGGACCAACCUCUGAGCAUCAAGACCCAGGACUGCACAGCACCAACCCAGACCCAGGACCUCCACCCCAUCCGUCCCAUCCCCAUCCCCACGUCCCAGUCAGGCCGGUCUACUAUGUCCAUGCACCUCCACCCCCUUUCCUCCACUACCAGUGGCCCAUGCCCUUCCCUUAUAACCCCUUCGCUGGCUUCCCAGGCAUGGGCUAUGGCAUGGUCAUGCCCCCAUUCCCCCCUCCUCCAUAUAUGGAGGCUCCAGCCUACAUUGUGCCUCACCCUCACAUUCAACCAGUCGACUACAGACGUUUGCUCCACCCCCAAGUCCACCCUCCCAGUGCACCCUACCAGAACCCCAACCAGACCCGCAGAAUUCGCCCGCCUCAUACUGUCCGUGUAAGAGAAACUGUGAACUCUGAGGUCCAAACUGAACCCCCACAGAGAGUCGUCGGUGGUUACGGAGAUGGGAGCCCACUCAUCGGCUCAGAUUCUGGGCAUGGAACUGCCUCGAGCUCUCCAUCGUCAAGCUCCAGCUCCCAAAAAGAAGGCUCUACUGAGGUUGAGAACCAUACAUUACCCAGGAGUAAUGCAAAAGACGUCCGGGUUGGAAGCCCCUGCACAAGUGGCACGGUCAAACAUGGCUUUAACAUCAUACGUCCUACAGGAACGAAGACUGUCCAGUCAUGUAUCAGAGCAACUCUAGAAUCAGAGAAGAGCCGUAAAGACAGUGUUGGUCAGGAGAAUGUUCCCCCUUGCAGAAACGGCCACUGCAAUAUGUGGUCCGUGAGUUCACAGGAUAGUAUGGUUCCUGUGUGUAGCUCCUCUCAACAAGAGGAGGAAGUGGUCAAAGAGAGACGUGUCUCUGUUCCUGACAUUCUGAUGAGUUGGGGAGGUGGCACGCAGCAGGAAACGAUGAUGAAAUUGACGGAGAAGCUGCCUCAGAAUGACCACCAGGUGCCGUCGUAUGAAACUGAAGUGGAGCAUGAGAAGUUUGUUACUGAGAGUCCAACUGGGACCAGAAAUGGUCCAGUGGUGCCUGAGGAUGCUAAUGGUGAUGUACAGGGUGCCUUAAAUCCAAAGGACAGUGCAACCCUUUUCAAGGUCCUCAAACUGAGAGAAGCUCUUGCAGACCUAACAGAGUGCAGAAGAGAAAAUGAGCAUGUGGGACUGGUUGGCUCUGUAAGGCAUUGCCUGUCCUACAAAGACGAAGUGCUACAUUCACCAAACAAAUCCCACACGGUCCCUGACAAUGAGCAAGACAAUGUCAACGAGACAAAUCCACACGAGGACUCUACAGAAUAUACAGAAAUUAUUCCCAAUCCAAUGUUUUUAAAUGGAAGUCAAAUGAAGAAACAAUUGAAUGAGUCUAUUUGGUCUGUGGAGUCUCUGCCCAUCUUUAUGUCCACUAAGGAGCACCAGCUACACAACAGUGUGUUUGAGCCUGAGAUAAUCAUUGAGACGACGGAGGAAGUUGAAAAUGGCAACGAGACAUAUCCACAUGAAGACACUACAGAGAUCGUUCCCUAUCCAAUGUCUUUAAAUAGUAGUCAAAAGAAGAAAAAAAUGAAUGAGUCUGUUUGGUCCGUGGAGUCUCUGCCCAUCUUUAUCCCCACAAAGGCAUGGUUCCUGCAGAACAGCACCUUUGAGCCUGAGGUAAUCGUCGAGAUGAUGGAGGAAGUUGAAAAUGGUGGAUCGCCAACCGAAAAUGACAACCGCAUUGUCAAAUCUUGUAAAGAGAAGAAGACUCGUCGGUGUUCCUCUUCUGACUCUGGUCCAACCUCAAACCGCUGUCUCGUCUUCAGCACCCCAACUGGGAAGCAAAGUUCACCGAAGAAGCCAGAGUGCCAAAGUGAAAGUGAAGCCUCUGAAAUGAGGACACCAAAGCAUGGCCAGAGCAUGGCUCCUUCUGAAAAGGAUCUCUUGGCUUCCCCGACUCCCCUGUCGAGAAGAAUCCUUUUAUCCACUUCCACUGAAGAGGACGUGGCCGAAAAUAGGUCUUCUGAACCCGAGGCUGUUCAAAGCCCAAACCAGGCAUCUCUCAUUGUAAAUGAGCAGAAGGGGAAGAGCCCCUGCCUUCCCGAGCAGGAAAAAACUCUCUCCUUGAACUCUGCGCCAGGGGAGGAAGUCUCCUCACCAAGCCGGCUAACUAUAGACAUGGAGGCAGUGGAUGGAGCAUGCAGGGAAGAAGUCAGUCAGCUGAUAAAAGGGCAAUUGGGUGUCCCAAUGGCUGACCAGACGAUGGAAGUGUCUCCAUUGAGGGGUAAUUUGGUGGACUGUGGGGUCCAGUGUACUGAAUUAGAGGAGACAUGUGUAUGUAAGGAGAUGAAGAGCAGCAUGGGACCAAACAGAAGACAUCAUUUUAAAUAUCCAGAUAUAAGGAAAGGAAACAAUGGCCAGGCUGAAGGAUUUGGCAUGAGGGGACAGAAAAACCAGAGGAGGAAUGGUCACUGGAGGAACAGGGGUCAAGAAAAGCACGGCAGCCAGCAGCAGGAAGCCUACACCGGAUACUGUGGCAAACCUGGCAAACCCCAAGGUGGAAAUGGAAGGAAUGUGCGGUACUGACUGCACUUUACAAGACAACACUUGGUUUUAAAGAAUGGAUUUAACAUUAAAAUGAAUUUCAAUUUAAAAUGUAGUAAUUAUAUUUUUCAAUAAAUCUUUACAUAUCAAUA